AGAGUCUGCAAACACACGCAUACACACGCAGACACGCGACUGCACACGCGACUGCCUCAGGCUCCGGUCGCCUCCGCACCACCCAUUCAGCCUUCGACUCGGACCACGCUCACGAUGGUAACGCAACGACGAUACUCGGUCACCGGCCAGACACCGCCCAACGACGUCGAUGCCCUGAAAGCUGGCUCGCCGAAGCCACACGCCCUUGACACCAGCGUACAGACCAGUUGUGGGCUGUGCGAAAGCGGCGCAGAGGAGAGCAAGGCCGACGAGGAGAACGCAGCGGCGCAGCUUCGCGGACGCAAGAUGUCGCCAACAUGCACCAUCACGCGGACGUCGAGCAAGCGCUCAGCAACACAGCUGCCUUCGCCGAGCUCGCCAACCUGCGGCCUACCGCCAAAGAUCGCACGAUACAGACUGAGCUACAACGAGCCGGGCAUGGACAUGGACACAGACACCGAUUCGGAUGUCACUGACAUGUUUCGCGGCAGCGAUAAGGACGACGAGGAGUGGGUGAGCCACAGCCAGGUGGCGUCAUUGCCCUCCACCCCGGAGUGUUCGCUCCCGCUCAGUGGACUGUACCUGCCAGACACAGAAGACGAAGGUAUCGACGUAGAGGAUCUCGCACUGUCGCCGCCCCACUCGAGGAACCAUAGCUUGAACUGCGCCCACCUCGAUGAGAAAGCCCUCCAGCGCGACUGGGCUGUCUUCAAGCAGGCGAACGCUCUGCUCGAGUCGCAGAUCCGGCAUCUGAACCACAUCGCACCACCUCACAUGCGAGCAAUACCACGAGAAACGAGCACCCGCACACCGGUUACCUUCCUUACCUUGCCCCCGGAAAUUCGCUACCAAAUCUACCGCCUAGAUUCCGAUCUCGUCAAGCCCAACCCGCUCUGCUACUGCCUCGAGAACGCUGGCUCCAAGAUCCAGCACCCCUUCGCCAGCGUCAGCACACAGAUCCGCAGCGAAGCGCUCGCGAUCUUUUACAGUUAUAACACCUGGGCCAUAAAGACAGAAUACAAGAUGUUUUACGAAGCGUUUCAGGAGUGGAUCAUCCGGCUGGGCGACGGUGCUGCGCGGCUACGGCUCGUAACGCUGAGUGUGCGGGGAAAGCUUUUCAAACCGGUCAAGACACACCCCCAGAGCGUUGUGGUGAACGGUCAGAUUGUGAUCAUCCACACGGGACACCCCCCUGCAGGCGCUAUGGGCGUAUUGCCGAGUCCGACACGAGAAGAGAUGUACAGCCCGCCAGAUGGGGAGGCGAGCUUCAGCAUAGACCUGAGCGAGAAGUACGUUGGUGGACGCGUGCACUUGACACGGAAUGACGGCACACCAGACGCAGGAGAGAAGGGGAGAGCGCACCUCGAGAAGAUGGUCGCAACGCUUUGGGAGAGGAGGCGAGACGGCACACUCAACGGGCAAGAUUGGAUCAGCCUUGUUGAUGGCUUCCUAAACUUCGUCGGUAUGAUCGGCGGUGCCUGGUAAUUUUCCUCAUUUAACCACUCCGGAGAACACAGGUACGUUUCCACGUCAGCGCAAAGCAUUUAUUCUGGUCAUUUUCGUUUCAGCAUUUCAAGCAUUUCUGCACGGAUGGGUAAUGGACGGAUGGGCGUUUGUCGGCGAAUCUGAUUUGGAGCAUGAGGAAAGCAUAAUGUCGAUUUUCUUCG